CCCAACGAGUAGGGGAUAAAGCGUAGCAAAUACUUGAGGUUCAGUCUCAAUUCUACUAACUUGCAGUUUACGUUAGCUUUAAGCUUUGGCGCCGGCGUCGUGACCGGUCGUUAACUUUCUCCCCUCACAAGACCUCGUUGACAGUUGAGAGAAGCGCAUAUAUAAGCUCAUUUCAAGCAAUAUAAAGAAAGAUGAUCACAUUUUCUAAGGAAAGAUUUAUUCUUGGAGUCAACUUAUAAGGAAACGAGUUCUGAAUCAAGAGAUACUUUGAGGGAACAACGAUCGAUCAUGGCUACAUCUAGUGGCGGUGUUCCGCCGGGCUUCCGAUUCCAUCCGACGGACGAAGAGCUUCUUCAUUACUACUUGAAGAAGAAAAUUUCGUUUCAGAAGUUUGACAUGGAAGUUAUCAGAGAGGUCGACUUGAAUAAGAUUGAGCCCUGGGAUUUGCAAGAGAAGUGCAAGAUUGGAUCAACUCCACAGAAUGAGUGGUACUUUUUCAGCCACAAGGACAGAAAGUAUCCGACAGGAUCAAGGACAAACCGAGCAACAAAUGCAGGGUUUUGGAAGGCCACAGGGAGGGACAAAUGCAUAAGGAACACCUUCAAGAAGAUAGGUAUGAGGAAAACCCUAGUUUUCUACAGAGGAAGAGCUCCCCAUGGCCAAAAGACUGACUGGAUCAUGCACGAGUACAGACUUGAAGAUGCUGAUGACCCUCAAGGAAAUCAAAGUGAUGAUGGCUGGGUGAUUUGUAGAGUUUUCAUGAAGAAACAUUUAUUCAAAGUUGGAAACGAAGGGAGCGGCGCAGCCUCAUCAGAUCAACUGAACAGCACAUCAAGCCACCAAUCUCGCGCCUUCAACAGCCAAUAUCUACUGCAACAACAACAACAACAGCAGCAGGGCGGCCAUAGCCUAAACUAUUCCCACAUCCCCUUAGCUUUGCCACAAUAUAAUUCUCACCUCCAACUUCAACCUCAAAACAUCAUUCCUAACAAGCCAUUGGGCUACCAUGACUUCUCAGCUCUCCCAACUUCUGAUCAUCAAGCGCCCCUUAUGGUGAAGCAAUUAAUGUCGAGCGCCGACAGCGCCUGCAGCGACCAGAACCUCCCUUAUAACCAGCAGGAAGUUGGAAGUAGUUGUAAUCAUCAUCAGAAUUUGAAUGAAUGGGGAAUGAUUGCCAGUUCCCACGGCCAGCUCGGACACGGACACGGACAGGAGGAUGAUAAUUCAGCCAAAACUGCAGGGGUCAGGUUUGAUGAUGCAAAUGCAUCCUCCGUGAAUCAAAUCAAUCAGCUUUCCCUGCGCGGGGAGAUGGAUUUCUGGGGUUACACUAAAUAACAACGCUAUAUUUCUAUCUGGAUUCUUAAAUGUAAAAGUAGAUCUAGUUACUAUACUAAUAUUAUUUGCUCGCUCUACCCGUUAUUUACAUGAUUAAAAAAACGGGUAAGUGAUAGUCCCAACAUUAUUUGCAUUAUAAUAUGUUACUAUCAAUAUUCUUGAAUGUCCA